AACUUUGACCUCUUGCCGGAAUCCCACAUGGUCGGCUGUUGAUGUACAAGAAGCAUGCCUACUGUGAAUCUAGAAUCACAGAAAAACGGCACCAUGAGUAAAGCUAAAGUAAAGACUGCGAAGAAAAGAGUUGCUGAAGAGGACAAUGACCAGCUUCCCAUAUUUGACAAAGAUGUCACUGAGAAGGCUGGGGAGGAAGGAGAUGAGGACCUCUCAGAUAGCGAGGAGAGUGUGUUCUCAGGACUGGAGGACUCUGGGAGUGACAUCGAUGAUGAAGAAGAGGAUGAUGGGGACGAUGAAGAUGAGGAGGAUGAUGAUGAUGCUGCUGUCAUUCUAGAUGAAAAUCUGAAGAACAGCAGUGAUGCUGAAACAUCUGCUGAACCACCUGCUUCAGAUAAGAGUACGCCUAAGCAGCAAGACGAAAAAACUGCAUCAAAGGAGAAGAGGAAGAUGAAGAAAGACAAGGGAGUCUCCAUUGAUGGCAGAGGAGAGAAGGGACUGACCACCACCUUCCAAGGACUGACCACCACCCAGCAGGGGGACGAGUAUGAACACGACACCUCCGACGAAGAGGACAUUCGUAACACGGUGGGCAACAUUCCCAUGGAGUGGUACCAGGACUACCCUCACAUCGGCUAUGACCUGGACGGGAAGAAGAUCUUUAAGCCCAUCAGGAACAAAGACGAGCUGGAUGAGUUCCUGGACAAGAUGGAGAACCCAGACUACUGGCGUACGGUCCAUGACAAGACGACGGCCUCAGACAUCCGUCUGACAGACGAGCAGGUGGACCUGGUACACCGCCUCCAGAAGGGUCAGUUUGGCGACGUCAACUUCAACGAGUACGAGCCGUCAGUGGACUUCUUCACCAACGAGGUCAUGAUCCAUCCAGUGACUAACAGGCCCCAGGACAAACGCAGCUUCAUCCCCUCACUCAUAGAGAAGGAGAAGGUUUCGAAGCUGGUCCAUGCCAUAAAGAUGGGUUGGAUCAAGCCCCGUAAGCCGAAAGAGACCACCCCUCAGUACUAUGACCUGUGGGCCAAGGAGGACCCCAACGCCAUCCUGGGGCGCCACAAGAUGCACGUCCCCGCCCCCAAGAUGAGGCUGCCUGGACACGAGGAGUCCUACAACCCUCCGCCUGAGUACCUUCUCACAGAGGAAGAGAGACUGGCGUGGGAGCAGCAGGAUACAGAGGACAGGAAGCUCCCGUUCCUCCCCCAGAAACACUCCUGUCUGAGGGCCGUGCCCGCCUUCUCCCGCUUCAUCCACGAGCGCUUCGAACGCUGCCUUGACCUUUACCUGUGCCCCCGCCAGCGCAAGAUGAGGGUGAAUGUGAAUCCAGAAGAUCUGAUCCCCAAGCUGCCCAAACCCAAGGACCUGCAGCCCUUCCCCACCACUAUGUCUCUGGUGUACCGUGGCCACACAAGUCUGGUGCGCUCUAUCAGUGCGUCUCCCACUGGCCAAUGGCUGGUCUCAGGCUCAGACGACUGCACGGUGCGCUUCUGGGAGGUCAACACGGGGCGCUGCAUGAAGACUCUGGAGGUGGGCGGAGCUGUGAAGAGCGUGGCAUGGAACCCCAACCCGGCCGUCUGCCUGGUGGCCGUGUGCUUUGAGAGUACAGUGCUGCUGUUGAACCCAGCUUUGGGAGACAGGCUGGUGGUGAGCUCCACAGACCAGCUGAUCACCUCCUACCAGCCCCCAGAGGAGGACAAGGAGCAGGCCGUCACCUGGGCUCUGUCUGAGGGCCCGGAGCACAACAAGGGCCACCGCCUCACACUCACCCACCCGAAGGCAGUAAAGCAGGUGGUUUGGCACGGUAAGGGUGACUACCUGGCCAGCGUCAUGCCUGACAACAGCAGCAACCUGCAGGUGCUGAUCCACCAGGUGAGCAAGCGGCGGACGCAGAACCCCUUCCGCAAGAACAAGGGCCUGGUGCAGUGCGUCUCCUUCCACCCCCUGCGGCCCUACUUCUUCGUGGCCACGCAGCGCUACGUGCGCGUCUACAACCUCAUCAAGCAAGAGCUGACCAAGAAGCUGAUGACCAACUGCAAGUGGAUCUCAAGCAUGGCCAUUCACCCUGGAGGUGAUAACCUGAUCUGUGGCAGCUAUGACUGCAGACUGGCCUGGUUUGAUCUAGACCUCUCCACCAAACCCUACAAGAUGCUGCGGCAUCACAAGAAGGCCUUGAGGGGCGUGGCUUAUCACAGAAACUACCCCCUAUUCGCCUCUGGUGCUGAUGACGGCAGCGUGAUCGUCUGCCACGGCAUGGUCUACAAUGACCUGCUCCAGAACCCUCUCAUUGUUCCAGUCAAGGUACUGAAGGGUCACCAGAUCACCCACGACCUGGGGGUCCUAGACGUGACCUUCCACCCCACCCAGCCCUGGGUCUUCUCCUCAGGGGCCGACGCCACCAUCCGCCUCUUCACCUAAACCACCUCGGUCACAUCUCAAAUCACACCCUAUUCCCUAUAUAGUGCACUACUUUUGACCAGAGCAGUUUGACAAAAGCAGUGCACUACAGUAUAUAGGGAUACCUUUUAUCUCAAAUUACAUGCUAUUCCCUAUAUAGUACACUACUUAUGACCAGAGUAAUUUGACAAAAGUGGUGCACUAUAUAGGGAAUAUGGAUACCUUGGGUGCAUCUCAAAUGGCAUCCUAUUCCCUAUAUAGUGCACUACUUUUGACCAGAGCCCACAUAGGGCUAUAUUUGAGCUAUAUGGAUAAUGUAUUUAAGACGCUUCCCAGUCUCCUCCCAUGUCCCCUGACAGCUAUCCCUGACGGAAUAAUCAAAUCAGGUGCCUGACAUCAUAUACAUUAUCCUCAUGUUUAGUACUGGAUUUGUCAGAGUCCUGUUAGUAUUUGUCCAAGCUAAGAGAACAUCAACCACGCAGCCAUAAUCUCUUUCUCUCUUCAGUGAAACUGAGACAGUAAAAAUAUGUUUGGUUUCAAACGGCCCCUCAAAUCUGGACUGGGCAGAAAAGCCCAUUUCCGUCUAUGUUGCUGCCCUUGUAGCAGCGCAUAAGAGUCAAACCACUAAUGCUUUGACACUUCAGACAGCCCCGUGACAAAAUAUACUGUAUGUUCAGAGAUGGAGCUUGCCAAUAGGAACAAUAGAACAAAGCGGUUGUGGGCCCCCAGAAGGCCCGUCAGCCCCUGUCCUAGAAGUAUAUGUGUAAAUAUAUCUCUGUCUUUCUUUGAGUGUAUGAAACCAAAGUAAUGUCCAGUUGAGGUUCUGCAGGACUCGUUUCAAUGACAUGAAACGCUAUGAAUGGCGAUGUAUGAUUCCUUUUUUAAACUAAUUUGAAUUGUAAAUCUUCUGACUGCUUUUCUCUACGACUUUGUCUGUCUGCUACAAGUAUUUCUUUUGAAUUAAAACGGGUGUUUCCUGAA